AGGUCGAAGUAAAAUCGGUUAAUAAUAGUAUAGAAUAUUCCUUAUAAGAGAAUGUUCGUCGAAAUCUUUUCAAAUGUAUAAUCAUUUGUCGUCGCAGUACAAUCAAUUGACUUUAAUGUAAUUGUUUUUGCAUUAACGCUUUUGUUACAAUAUUAACGAAAAGUGGUCGAGAUAAAUUUUAUUUUUUUUCCACUUGAUCUUACGAUAAAUAGAAACAUCGAGAAUAUAUUUGUAAUAAUUGUUAAGCAGUUUCUGUGCAGCAUCAAUUUAAAAAUAUCAUCAACACAAAUGCGAUUUUUAUAAUUCAUUGUGACGGCGGGUUAAAAUAUUGAAUGGCGGCAAGGGAAGCAAGCAUUGACAAGUGGGAGAAAUGUGCUCUUAAAGGUUGUCCAGAUCGGAGUUAUUUAUUUGAAAAAUCACCUGUUAAAUGGAAUUCGUGUCGUAAUGACCAAGUUCCUUUAAAUUCACCCAUUCAAAAACGUUUAGAACAAUUGCAGGCCACACUUAAAAUGAAUCCAUGGCAAUCUUCAAUCAAUUAUAUCACACAAGGAUCAUGGUGCCAGAAUGAAAUAGAAGCAGAGAAUGGUUUUUUAAGUUUGACUUCCUCCGCACCAUCAGAAUCAAUUAAAAAAAUUGAAGAAACGACUGGAACGGCUGCGCCGAAAAGUGCACAAAAACGUAAAUCUUCAACGCAGGAUCCCACAAUAUUAAGGCCUGCAAAAGUAUUACGAACUGAGACGACCCAAAAAACAUCUACAAAUUAUCAAACCAAAGCAUCGGAACAUUCGUGUAAAACAACUUUAUCGUGCCUCGGUAAAAGUUUUGCAAAUAAAAUAAAGCAAUCUUGCCAAACGAAAAUUGCUUCUGGCGCAAGGAAAACUGUACAGUUCAGCAAUGCAAAUGAAGACAAUAAUAAUAAUCUAGUUGUGGAUAAAGUAAUAGCACAUCCAAAUAAAACAUAUAAAGCCUUGAAAAGAUUGAAUGAAAAAAAAUUUUCAAAAUCGCUGCAUGGGGUUCGUAACCCCGCAGCGAUUGUCGGCUAUGAGAAAGCGUCUGCGAAUAAACGUUUGGCGAAUUUAAAAGAAUUCUUGCAACAACGAGCAGCAGGCGGGAAAGGUCCAGCUCCAUUGAAGGUCUGGGAUAUUAAUUGCAAUACCCGCAAUAAUUGCAAUGAAUUCUUUGCAACAACAUCCACGCAUAGAGAAGAACCCACGGAUUGGGAAUCUGUAGAAAAUAUAGAACGCGAAAAAAGGCAGGAAGAUGUUUCGUACGCUGGCCAAAGGAUGAUAUCACCGAGGAAAGAGGAUAUUACUACGUUUAAAAUGGGAACUAAGGGGGACGUAUACGAUACCAUGAAUGAAAAUCUGUUGCGUAUAUCUGCCGAUGGAAAAAAAAUUGACAAUAAAUGGUUAAACAAAUACUAUUACUUCGUGUUGGAUACGAAUGUACUCUUACGGGAUAUAAGCUUUGUUGAAGCCACUCUUAAGAUGAAAUUUUGCGAUACCCAAGGGUCGGUUUUAUUUAUCCCUUAUUGUGUGCUACAUGAAUUAGACAAAUUAAAGCAAAGAUCUGGCGCUCAAAGGGGAGUAAAAAUUUUAGCUAUACGCGCCAUUAAAUUCUUGAAUGAAAAAUUUCAAAGUAAAUCGCCGCACUUGCAAGCGCAAUGUGCCAUUGAUGAGUGUCAGUAUAUGAUAAAAAUCUCUUCACCUGACGACAGCAUUAUCAACUCUUGUUUACAAGUGAUGCUACAUAUACCAAACACAAUUUUACUGACCGAAGAUGUUAACUUAAGAAACAAAGCAAUUUCUAAUAACAUUCCAGUGUCUACCAAGUCAGAUUUAUUAGCCAAACCCUGCGACAAGGCAAGGCAAGUAACGCUAAAAAAUCCUGAUUGAUUUUCGUAGCGUAGAUAUAUGCACACAUGCACAUAUAUAUAUAUGUGUAUAUUUACAUAUAUGCUCCUGUUUUUACUUCUUUUUCUUUCUACUUACAUAUUUUUAACUUCACAUAUUUUUACUAUUUUUUAAUUUUUAAUGAAAAUUACAAACAAUAGUAAGUUUACAUUAGAUUCAAAAGAACUUUAGCCUACAGUUUAAGUGAAAAGUUGAAGUGAGAAAACUAUAUAUUUAACUUAUAUGCUCAUAAAGUAAACGAUCCUGGACGAUCGAUUAAUCGAAAGCUUAAGUUGAGUAACAUAUUUUAACAAAUUUAACAAUGACAGACCUUUGGAGCUACUUGCAUAUCGAAUUUUAUGGGAAAUGAUCACAUAUGUCAUCACUUAUAUCAAAUGAUUCAGAUUCACUUUCUGAAACUUAGCUGUCCGACUGCCUUUGCGGUUUCUGUGCAGGCAUUUUUGUGUUCAACCUAGACGUCGCAAUUUUCGAGAUAUUUUGAUAUCUUGUGAAAUUUGCCACAAGUGUGAACGCUGUUGAAAAUGCGUUUAGUCGGAUCAUUUUAAACCUAUCCCACAAAUCAAACCCUAUUUUGAAAAAGUCAUACGAAAAAAUGUACUUUUUUCAAUAUUUCUCGAUAAAAAUCGGAGAAAAGUAAUAUGUUGCCUUUUACCUUUCACAGCAGGGGUUAGUUUUUAGUAUAUUAUGACGGUAACUGGUGCAAAAUAGUAAUUUGUAUUUACGGUCUUAUAUAUAAGUUUGAUCUAAUUUUAUAUAUAUUUUUUCUUUUUUUUGAGCUCCUCCCUAUAAAAAGGUUCUCAUGAAGAGUAAACCGUUAUAUUGUAAGGAGCUCUACUUUUGUAUUUUAUUAUAUUUAUGGAUAUUAUAGCGUUUAGU